AUGCUCGCAAUGUUUCGCUCCAUAGCAACGUAUCUUAUAAUCAGUAUGAUUUCUGGUGCAUGGGCUUCUCUUGAACCAGUUGGCACAUUUGCUUCUACUUUAAAUAGUAGCUUGACACACAAUACUAUGGCCUCCGGUGCUGCAGCCGUCUUUUCUCGAAUGAGCAAUUUACGAAUGGUAUAUGUUACAGCGCCAUCGAAAGAAGCUGCUCUGAAAAUUGCUAGAAUAGCGGUUGAAAGAAAACUAACCGCUUGCGCUAAUAUCAUUCCUGAGAUUACAUCCAUAUAUGAAUGGGAAGGUAAAGUGCACGAAGAUCCAGAGACCAUACUCAUAAUGAAAACUCAAGAAAGUCUUCUAGAGGAACUCCAUAAGGUCGUUAUCGAAAAUCAUUCUUAUGAUGUGCCAGCGUUUGUUUCCAUUCCCAUCGAUGGUGCGUCAAAACCUUAUGCGGACUGGUUACUAGAUCAAACAAAGAAAAUUAAUACAGAGUUGUGAACAUAUGCAUGGACGAG